AUGGAAGAGCACACUGCUUUUCGUGACCAAGGUGAGAGAGGCAAGAAUAGACCCCUCAGAAGGGAAAUUCGGUACUUGGAAUGUCACCCAAUAUUCUCAGCUGUUGGAGAAUGCAAGUAUGUUAAGGCCAUUCCUCAUGGAAGUGGGGGGUUACUCGACUCUGACACUCUUUAUGGUCUUGCUCGUGAUCUACCACGCAGCCCAAGAAGGUAUACAGCAGAGAAUUCUGUGAAGUUUGGGGCUCCUCGGGAUACGGAUCACCCUGAACUAAGACAGCCACUAGCCAUGGAAGUUUGGGAGUCUAUAUUGAAAACAACUAAACCCAAGUCUAAGAUUACAGUAUUAACCAAUGGACCCUUGACUAAUCUGGCAAAGGUUGUAUCAAUGAAAAACAUGAGCUCUAGAAUUGAGGAGAUCUAUGUAGUCGGGGGACACAUAAGCAUCAAUGCAAAUGACAAGGGAAACAUCUUUUCAGUUCCUUCCAACCAAUAUGCAGAAUUCAACAUGUUCCUUGAUCCUUUAGCAGCCAAGACAGUGUUUGAAUCAAAAGUUAGCAUGACACUCAUUCCACUGAGUACACAGCGCAGAGUAAGUUCGUUUCCAAGCAUCAUAGGCGAGUUGCGAAGGACACCAAGAACACCCGAGGCUGUGUUUUCCGAGCGUCUAUUGUCAACUCUAUACCGUUUAAAGCGAACCCAUUACAGAUAUCAGCAUAUGGACACAUUCUUGGGGGAAAUUCUUGGUGCAGUUGUGUUGGGUGAUAGGCGUUCAGGUCUUGAUCCAAAGUUUAAGGUGAAGGAAGUUAAAGUGUUGGCUGAUGGUGAUGAAUGGAGUGAUGGAAGAAUUGUGGUGGAUGAGAAAGGUGGAAAAUUAGUGAGAAUUUUAAGCAGUGUGGAUGUACUUUCAUAA